AUGAGUUUGAAUGAUUAGGAAUAUAUGAAUGACUAUCUGAUUAAUCAUAAAACGUAAAACAACUCUAACUUAAAUACUACAAAACUAACUGAAAUUUCACAAAUCAUGAAUUGUAUAGACCAAAAGUAAAAUUAUCCUAUUUUUUAAACACUAGAAAAUCCUUCUCCAUUACUUGCGAGCAAUUAUAAGGAUAAUAAUGAGUAGUUAUUGCAGUAAAUAGAAGGUACUCCAUAUAACUUGAUGAAUUUGAAUUUUCCUUAGAACAAUAGCAAUCUAAGCUCUUUGCCACACACUGAAAUGAAAACUGAUUAACAUCCUUAUUUUAGUAAUAUUUCACCUGUUUCCAGAUUUUAGACAAAAAUUAGUAUUAUGGGUAAAUAGUGCCCAGUUACAGGAUCUGCUAGAUCAUCUUAAAUAACUCCAAGUAACAGCAGUAGUGUUUUAUAAUAGAAUAAUUUAACAAAUCCUUUUACUCCAUCUAACAUAUUACCAAACAAAAAUCAUCUAUAUACAGGACCUUAAACAAGUAGCUUUAUUUAAAAUGGCAAUAAUACAAAUAAUAGUAGUCACUCAAGUGUUAGCAAUAGUAGAUUAAAUAUAAAUAGAAAUAAUAUAGACAGCAUUAAGGGUGAUGAAAAUUAGUAUAGCCUCAGUAAUAAUAUUAACUUUAAUAAUACUAAUUUGAUUAGCUAGCCUUUGAGCUUUAAUAAAUAUUAGCUUAGCUAAAAUAACAAUAAAUUAUUCUUUAAAAAUGAGCUAAGUCCUAAUUAAAAACAGAAUGCAAGCACAAUAAAAUUAUUAGCAAAGAUAAAAAAUUAAGAUGAGCUUAACUACUAGAGCGAGAUGGUUUAAGUUGAUUAGUAUCUUUCUAAAGUCUAUAACUAAAAGAUGAAUAGCAGCAGAGAAGAAGAUCCUCCUAAUUUUGGUGCUAUUUUGGCAAAAAGAACUUCUCCUCCUUUAAAAGGAAAAAACAUUCAAAAUUCUAAAUCAAGUGCUUUGAAUUCUAAUAAUUCACAGAAUCAGAGUGGAAUUUUAUAAUUUACUACAAUUUAAUCUUAAAAUAACCUAUUAAACGCCAAUAAUAAUUCUAUUUCAGGUCUGGCAAAUAAUUAAAGUGCUGCAUAUACACAGAUAAAUAAUUUUUAAAAUAGUUCUUAGAAAUAUUUAAUGAAUAAUUUAAAUCAUCAAUCUGUCCUUAAUUAAACAAGCGAUAGCUUAAAGAACAAAAGUGCUUUUGGUGUUUUUGGCUUGAAGGACGAAAGAAGCAUACAAGAAAGCAAAGCUUACUUGCAAGCAAUGAGAGCUCUUCAAGAGAGAAUCAAAGAGCUCGAGAAGUAGCUUUCUCUGAAGAGUGAAAAUGAAAUAAGAUUGCAUGUUGAGAGUUAAUUUUAAUAGAGUCUUGAAGAGAGUAGUGAGAUUAUAGAAAAUUUAAAUAAUAAAAACAUAAUCCUUGAAGAAUAGAUAGGUCAUUUAUUAAAUGAGAUUUAGCAAUAUAAAAAUGUAAUAAAUGAAAGAGAAAAGGAAUUCUAGUAAUAAAGAGAAGAGUGGCUAAAGGGUAACUCAGAAAGAAAUGCUAUAAUUGAAUCUCACAUAUAAAAAUAAUCUUAGCUUAGCACACAACUGUAGGAAGAAAUAGAAAGAAAUCAUUAGCUUUAAAUUGAAAUAAACGAAACUUAAUAAAAAUGGUAGUUACUUCACCAAGAGCAUUAAUUGAUAGAAGCAAAGAGAAUCGAACAAUUGCAAAGAGAUUUUGAUGAUGAAAAAAGUUAACAUAAUGAACUGAAAGGUUUAUGUGUUAAGAGUUCUGAGGAAAUAGAAACUCUUCUUGCCUAGAACAAAGCUCUGGAUCACAAGCUCUAAAUAAGAGAAAAAGAAUUUGAUGAGUACAGAAUAUAAUAUAAUUAAGGACACGUGGAUUUGCUUAAAGAUCAAAUAAGAGAGUAAAAAGAAUAUCUUGAUAAGAUAGAAGAUAAAAUAAAAUAGAAUUAUGAGUCUAAAUUGUAAUAAUUAGAAUCAGAACUAAACAAUUAACGAUAAGUAGAAAAGCAGCUUAGAAAUGAGAUAAAAGAAAUGUAAAAAAAUAAACUUUAAAAGUAAAUAGAUUAAUUUAAUUAAAGUAUUAAUUCACCUAGUUCGAAUAAUAAAUUAAUUAAUAAUUAAAGUGUCCUUUAAAAUAACCAAAGACUAAACUAAAAUAAUGCUAUUGCUAAUGAUGCUAAUUCGAUAACUAGUAAUGAAUAUCAGCAAAACUAAAUCUAUUAAUAAUAUAACCAAAAUUUCAACUCAGUGUAAGAAAAUAAUUCGCAUAGUGAACUAGAGAAAUACUUAAAUCCAAAAUAAACGUUGACAAAUACAUAUCCGAAGCAAUAAGCUAAUAUAAUUAAUAAUGAAUUGUCAAUUCCUUAAAAUUAGCUUAAUAUUUAAUAGUAGAACACUAUUUAACAAAAUAUAUAAAAAAAUAUGCAAAAUUUUAUUAAAUUAAAUAACUUUUAAAGCAAUAAUUAGCAAAUGUAGCUGUAUUAGCAACCUCUAUAAAGCCAACAUCAAAGAGCUAUUUCAAAUUAAGUAAAUGAAAUAGAAAACUUUUCUCUACAAGAAGAAAGCGAUUUGCUUAAUUUUGAUUAUGAUGAACUGUAGACACAAUCAAGGAUUAAUAGCAAAAAUUCUCCUAAUCUUUAUUCAAAAAUUUAAAAUUAAAUAAUAUCUCUAGACUCUCCUUUAAGGAAAAGGUCUAAAAAUAAUGAAGUUAUUUCUUCAUCUCUCCAAAUAACAAAAUAAUUCUAAAAUGGAUAAAAUGUGAAUUAGUAUUCUUUUAUGUUACCUAACAGCUCUCAUGAAAAUGAUGUAAUUGGGUCUCCUUAAAAUAUGUAAUAAAUUGGUAGUAUUUCACCUUUUUACAAUCCUUAUCAUAAUUAAAAUUAAUAUCAUUAGUAAAGUCCAGAUUUUAAAAAUUAAAACUCCAUUUCAAACAACGUAAGUAGAAAUUAAUUAAGCAAUAAUUCUAAAGAAUUUUAAAGGAUUCAAGUUACAGAUUAGCAGUAAAUAGAUAGCAUUUAAAACAAUUAAAUGAGUUAUCACAAUAUGAACAAUAAUAGUUAGUAAUAGUUUUAAUUAUUAUCUUAAAAUUAAGAUAUGUAUAAUUUGAGAUAGAAUUAAAAUGAAAGAAUCAAUUAAAAAUACUAGUAAAUGUAAGCUUCUAGUUACCUUUAAUACAGUGAUGCAAUAAAUAAAGAACUAGAAUAUAAAAAGUAAGCUUUAGCUCUUGCAAACAAAAGAAGUAAAUCAUAAAACUAGUCUUAGCAUGCUUAGUAACAGAAUCAAAUUAUUAAGUUGCAUAAAAAUAGUGCAGAUAAUCUAAAUAAUACUGCUGAUGACGAAUUUAAUCAAGAUUAUCCAUCAAAUUAAAUAGGAUAAGAGCUAAUUAGAGAUAUAUUUGAAGCAGAAAGCGAAUUGAAACUUCUUAAUUAGAGAUAUGAAGUCCUUCUAACUGAAUCUAGAAAUGAAGAAAAUUCGAAGAAAAAAAGUGAGAUCCGAAAAGAGCUUAUUACCAUAAAUGAAAAAAUAAAAGUAUUAAAUGAAAAGCUAUAUGUACUGAAAAAGAGAGAAAAAUUCAUAAUGAAUUAACAAUUUUAAAAAACUUAAAAUUUCUAAGAAUAGUAACAAAACUCUCAAUAAGUAUAAAAAAUGUAAUUAAAAGAUAAUAUUUAAUUUCAAUAAUAAUAAUUCUAAGAUCCCUACUAAAAUUAGCAAUACAAUUAGUAAUGA